UCUCCGCGCAGCGGAAAAUUGGUCCGGGUCGGACUAGUGAAAGAUGUCCAGUCAAGGAGGAGGAAAGCCUCCGGUGGGGCGGGGCAUCCAUCCGGCUGAACAAAAGUGGCUAUUGACCUUGUAGUUCGUCCAUCCUCUUUUUCCCACUAGCAGUAACUAGCCAUGGGUCGUGUCAUUCGUGCUCAGAGAAAGGGUGCCGGAAGCAUUUUCAAGGCUCACACCGUCGGUCGCAAGGGUGCUGCCAAGCUCAGAGUCUUUGAUUUCGCCGAACGUCACGGUUAUAUUCGCGGCAUUGUCAAGGAGAUUGUUCACGAUCCUGGUCGUGGUGCUCCUCUCGCCAAGGUUGUCUUCCGUGAUCCUUACAAGUACAAGCUUCGCACUGAAACCUUCAUUGCCACCGAAGGCAUGUACACUGGCCAGUUCAUCUAUGCUGGUAAGAAGGCUACCUUGAACGUUGGCAAUGUGUUGCCUCUUGCUUCCGUUCCCGAAGGUACCGUCAUCUGCAACGUCGAAGAAAAGGUCGGUGAUCGCGGUGCUCUUGCCCGUACCUCUGGUAACUACGCUACCGUCAUUGGUCACGGUGAAGAUGGCAAGACCCGUAUCCGUCUUCCCUCCGGUGCCAAGAAGAUCGUUCCCUCCACUUCCCGUGCCGCAAUUGGUAUCGUUGCUGGUGGUGGUCGUAUUGACAAGCCCCUCUUGAAGGCCGGUCGUGCCUACCACAAGUACAGAGUCAAGCGCAACAGCUGGCCCAAGACCCGUGGUGUUGCCAUGAACCCCGUCGACCAUCCUCACGGUGGUGGUAACCAUCAGCACAUUGGUCACGCUUCUACUGUCGCUCGCGACAGCUCCGCUGGUCAGAAGGUCGGUUUGAUCGCUGCCCGCCGCACUGGUCUUCUCCGUGGUACCAAGAAGGUCAAGGAUCAGUAAACUACCCUUUCGUCAUUUUAAGCCUUCUCUGGAAAUCACUUUCUCAAAGAAUGUAACACAAUUGCUCAGAAAUACACAUGAAUCUAAAACAUCAAAUCACUUGGGUGUUGCCACUUUUUGGUUGUGGAGUGAUAAACGGGGGAGGGGGAUUUCCUUUAGCAAAAACGAUAGGAAAAAAGAAAAAAGAGCCAAGAAUGCAACGAUCGUUUGAAAGAAUGAGUCCUUUUACAACCAU